AUGCUGGGUGCCUGGGACCGCCGAGACCGGCCCUCCGAGGAGGGGGCAGCUGCCGUGCUCCAGGGCUUCGCCGUGGACAAGAGCUUCCUCUCUUCCCUCAAAGGCAUCCUGCUGGAGACCGAGCUGGUCCUGGUUUUCAUCAUCUUCAUCUGCUUCACGGCCUCCAUCUCUGCCUACAUGGCCGCGGCGCUGCUGGAGUUCUUCAUCACGCUCGCCUUCCUCUUCCUCUACGCCACCCAGUACUACCAGCGCUUCGACCGGCUCAACUGGCCCUGUCUGGACUUCCUCCGCUGCAUCAGUGCCAUCAUCAUCUUCCUGGUGGUCUCCUUUGCUGCUGUGACCUCCCGGGAUGGAGCUGCCAUCGCUGCUUUUGUUUUUGGCAUCAUUCUGGUUGCUGUCUUUGCCUAUGAUGCUUUCAAGAUCUACCGGACUGAGAUGGCACCCAGGGCCUCCCAGGGGGAUCCGCAGUGA